AUGCCUGUGCUAUCUCCGGAAAUCAAAGUCCAGACUUCCAGUGUCACCAAAAAUUCCCUUGAAAAUUAUUUUCUCUUUGAGAGUAGUUGGAGGAAAGCAGUUUUAGAAACACAGAAGUUGAGAAAUGAAUACACCAGAGCAUUUGGUCUAGAAGAACUCAAAGAACAUGUCAAAGAGCCAUAUUUGCCAGAAUUGCAAAGUUGCCGAAAAAGUGUGAGUUCAUCUCCACCAGAGCUUCGUAGCAGACGGCUGCGUGCUGAUACCCAGUUGCCUCCAGUCAGCCAUUCUGAUGAGAACAUGAUGAGUUGCCUGCAAGUAUUUUAUCCUCCUCUGCAUAUUGCCCCACACUCUGUGAAAGAACGGUGUUGGCAAACCAGGGAAGUGAUAAAGAAGACUAAGGAGAUCUGCACUGCUGUACCACUUCAAGAGAGUGAGAAAGGUUUUAGCUUCAGUGAUCCUCUCGUUGGAGCACCAUCUCAGUACUUACAGAGACUUUCCAAAAUGGCCCUAUUAGAAUAUGAUACCAUUGGUCAUGAAACAACCAGAAAGUCAAAAAAGGGUAGGAAACGAGAGCUGCGAGACUGCUGGUAA